UCAAACUUCGAAUAAAUUUUUCAGUCAAACGUUGAUCUGUUUACAUAUCAGUUGACUUUUUUUCCACACUGACUUUAAUCACAAUUAUAAUAACAAUAAAAAUGAAUAAAAUAUUCUGUUGAACGUCGACUUUGCUCUGGUUCAUUGCGUCAACUGUGGAUUUUUCCUGAAACGAAAAAAUAUUUUUUUUUGUAAAAAUUCGUCAAAAAAAGUGCAAAAAUUGUAAAAAAAUAUUUAGAAGGAAGUUGAAGUGAAUUUUAUUGCAUGGAAGUGGUUUAAAGAGUGAAUUGUCGUUGCAGUAACGGUAUGAUGAAAAAAUCAGGUCAUAAGGAAAAAUUUAGGAAUCGUCCCGUCGUUGUCGUCCUCUUCCUCAACCACAACGUCUUCGUCGAAAAACAACGAAUUUCCGAAUAAAUCGUCUCCGCUCUAUAAAAGUUCGUACACUAUCGUUGAUCCCGGGUACAUUGAGACCUUUUGUAAUCGUGGAAAACUUUUUUGGAUUUCUUAUCUGAAGGAGAAAAAAGAGUUGUAUGAAAUGAGACACAGCGAAACGCCACUCUUCAUUCGACUUGAACACAACAAAAUCAACUAUGACGAAAUCAAGGUUGAUCCGUCGUUCAGGAAAAUCAACAAACAUUCCGUCGGUUUCCACAUUUGGAAAGUUGAUAGCACCUCAAUAGAAGCCGUACCAAAAAGUCAAUAUGGAACAUUCUAUGAUGAGAAUACUUACAUAAUUUAUGCGGCUGCCGUUAAGGGAACUUUUCCUGAUAAACGAGCAAUUAGUCGCGAUAUAAAGACAUCAACAUCCCGUAUUGAACGUUCGAUCCACAUUUGGUUGGGCGAGAACACGACAAGUGAUCGUUCGAAGGCAGCAGCUUACAAAAUAAUUGAAUUAGAUGCGCAUACAGAUCACACCGCCACGCUUUUCCGUGAGUCGCAGGAUAAUGAAAGUUGUCGCUUUUUGUCGUAUUUUAAUGCAGAUGAGAUCACAAUCUUAUCAGGCACAAACUCCAUUUCCACACCUGCCUUCCCGCGUUUGUACCAAAUCCAAGGAAAAACCUGUUCCGUUUGUACGCAACGCAAAUCCAUCUCAUGGCAACAUUUCACCAGUUCAUCCGUCAUGGUUCUUGCCACAAAACGAAUCCUCUUCGUAUGGAUCGGUCGUGCUUGUAACGCCAUCGAGAAGCAACGUGGUUUGAAAAUCGCUGCAAAAAUCAAGGACCAAUACGUCAUUUCGGAACUUACGAUCGUCGACGAUGGCUACGAACAAUCCAUGAUCGAGCGUCGCAAGACAGAAUGGAAUCGCUACUUGAACUUGGGUCAACGGAUGGUGCAACCUGUUUACGCUCCAGGUCCUUUUUCGCCUCCUGUGUUGAAAUUGUAUCAAUGUGACACGGUAAGCGGCAUUUUCCGCGUCGAACUUGCCAAAACAGGCACUUUGGAGCAGAUUGAUUUGUACGGAAAAUACCCAAUUUAUAUAAUUGACGCGCAUGUUCGCGGCGUUUGGAUCUGGGUUGGACGAAAAGCGUCGAAACAGGAGCGGGCUGAUGCGAUGAGACACGCUCGUGGUUAUGUUAUUAAGAAAAAUUAUCCAUCCACAUUGCCCGUCAUUCGCGUAAUUGACCGUUAUGAGCCCGCAGAGUUCGUAAAUAUCUUCACAUCAUGGGUUUAUAUGGAUUUUAAUGCGAACGCGAAGAAAACUUUGUUGGAAAAAUUCGAUGCUUUGACACUAAUUUGUCGUCCGAAGCUCGCGGCACAAACGCAACUCAUCGACGAUGGGUCUGGCGAGAUGAAAUUGUACAUCAUCGAGUACGAGGACAUCAAAGAGAUCAAAAAACGCGGAGGAACCGCACUUUAUUCCGGCAAUUGUUACAUCGUUCAUUACACAAUUGGUGCCUUGGAUUCCAAUUUAAGUGGCAGUUCUGCCGGCAUUCGACACGUUUUGUAUUUGUGGUGCGGUCGAAAUUGCACGAAUGACGAUCGCGAGUCCGGCGAAGUUUAUCUCGCGGAAAUGAGUGAACAUUUGCGAACAAGUGUCGUUCAGGUAAAACUCACGGAAGGCUUGGAAUCGCCUCAUUUCUUGCAAAUCUUCAAAGGACGCUUGAUAAUUUUGAAUGGGCGAUGCACGAGUCACGAUGCCGUUUCGUUAACACGUCGCUUGCCGAGCGUUUUCAUGCUGAAAGUUGUCGGAAAUUCCGCUUACACUUCCAAAGCCAUCCAAGUUUCGAACAAGACGCCAUACACACCGGAAGAUUGUUACGUCCUGAAGACGUCGGAGAGCGAAGUUUGGAUUUGGUGCGGCCAAAAAUCGUGCGGAGACACGCGUGAAAUGACAAAAGCCAUUGGAACGUCGCUCAUUGGCGAAUGUACGCUCGUCAUGGAGGGCAAUGAACCCGACGAAUUCCUCACCGCCAUCGGUGAAAAAUUCGCGAAGCAGCUAAAGAAGGUUCCCACACCUCUUAUGACGCAAUCUUUGGAGACUUGGGACCCAACGCGCAUCGGAUUUUACAUUUCGACCGUCGAACAAGGCAAAGUUGUUCUUUCGCAAAUUAUGGGAUUCGAUCAGCGGGACUUGCAACCUGAGCAUAUUUACGUCUUGGAUGUUGGCAGCAUGGUUUAUGUGUGGAUUGGGGCCUAUGCAACGUUGGAAGACAAGAAAAAUGCAUGGGCAGCGGCGAAUGCAUUGUUGACGUUGUACACGUUUUCGCGAGAUGUCAAUACUCCCGUUGCCGUUAUCAAGCAAUAUCAGGAGCCGAUUACGUUCAUUGGGUUCUUUGAGAAUUGGAAUUACAAGUUUUGGGAGCAUCAUACGAGUUAUGAACGUUUGAGACAUCAGACAGAAGCACCGGGCGUUCCCAUUCCUUUGGUAAGGACAAUUUUGCCGCAGAUCGAGAACGGGACAGAUUUCGAUAGACACUCGAAAUAUCCGGUGGAUAUGUUGACAGGAGAGGCAAGUCAACUGCCGGCGUCUGUUGAUCCUACAAGAAAAGAAGUCCAUUUAACACACGACGAUUUUGUAGCAAUUUUCAAGAUGACAUACGCCGAAUUCGAUGCCUUGCCAAAAUGGAAACAAGUCGAGUUGAAAAAGCAAUACAAAUUGUUCUAACUGUGGAGAUGGAAAAUGUUUUACAAGCACAAAAUAUUUAAACAAAAAAAAAAUCGCAACACUUUCUGCUUCUAAUGAAACUUUUAAUCAACUUUGAAUUUACCAUGAAUGUAACACUUACCAAAAAUCCAAAACAAGAAGAGCUAAUAUGUUAAAAUUUUUUAUAUUUUAUUAUUAAAAAUCAAGAAAAAGCAACAAAAAAUGAAUAAUUGACUAAUGAAAUAAAAAUUUAUAUUUAA